AUGACUCUGGGCCACAACGGUUGUGUUUCCUAUGAAGACGAUGGGGGUCAUAUGGUCCUGAAGGCAAGCCAAGAUAUUGAUCUUGGCAUCAUAGACCCUGUGACUGCAAACAGGAGAGCGAGUGUCAGGGUGCAGCUGCAUGAUCAGCUUAAGAUGUGUAGCCACGCAAGUGAACUUUCUGUGGAAGGCAUACAAGACCCAUUCCUUGUUAGUGUGCAUAUUAUCACAGACCCAGGUGAAUCCAAGACUCUUCAGCAAGCCAUCGAUAAGCUUCUAGCCUGGAUCCAUCCAGACCUCCAGCUGUUUCGAGUCUCAGAAAGACGAGUGCCCAAGAAGCGCGGGAAGCCAGGUAAGGCUGGUGUUUCUCAGCCAGCCCUUGCCGUCAUUCUGUUUCUGCAGGAGGAAUAUGGGGAAGAAGCAAUCUUGCAGCUCCACGAAACCUUCCAGCAGCCACCUUGGCAUUACCACCACACCGAGCGAGUGCAUGGGAAAUUCCUCCCUUACAUGCCAUGCAGCCAGGACUUCUACACUUUGGCUCCAGAGACUCCUCUAUGGGCCAUUCGCCCAGUGCACUACGGGAAAGAAAUUAUCCGCUUCACUAUAUACUGCAGGAGUGAAAACUUUGUUGACAUUUUGAAAUUGUACGAGUUAAUACUGAAAAGACCAGUAUGUCAGAAAAAAGCAGACUUUUGUGUUUUUCCUGUCUAUUCUAACAUGGAAAUAGACAUUCAGUUUUCUUUAAAAAAACUUCCGAAGGGCCAGGUGCCAAUGCCGACAGAGUCAGCGGUGCUGGAGUUCAGAGUGAGAGAUGUGGGGCAGCUUGUGCCUCUCUUGCCCAACCCUUGCAGCCCCAUCAGUGAAGGCAGGUGGCAGACAGAAGACCAUGAUGGAAAUAGGAUCCUUUUGCAGCAAGCACGCAGUUGGUGUAGGAAGUCUGCAAAGCAGAACAAGCAACCAUAUCCAUCUGUGUCAACAGAUUCCCGCUUCACCACUCUGCCAGCCUUUCUUCCUCAGAGCCACAGAUCUGUCCCCGAACAACCAAAAGAAAUGGGUCAAAAAAAGGUACAUCAUGCAAACGGCCUUGGUCAUCAUCUUGGUUUCUCCCAGCAGGACUUAAGACACAGUGAUCAAGGACACUUCACACGCAGAUCCAGCAGUGCUUCCAGCAUUUCAUGGUCAUUUCAACGAAGCAAGUCUCUGUUCUGCUUGCCCACAGUGAACUCCUCCUCAGCCUCAGAGACUUUUCAUUUCAGUGAACCAUUUCAAUUUUUAAAUACUGGGUCACCUGCAACCAGGUUAAAAGCAUGGAGAUGCAGCCCUAGGCUUAACAUUGAUGACUUGGAGGGUGCGCAGGAGACUGAUGUAGACACAGGGAUGAAGUUGUCCUUCUCAGACCUGUCUGUGGUCUCUGCAUACUCUGCCCUUAAUGGAUUUUGCAAUGACUUGGAAGCCUCUCUUCCCCCACAGAAGCAAAUUCUUGGUAAGACGAAACAGGCAGCCACCAGCAGAAGGCCUGUAUCAGCCAUGUGCAAUACCUUUGAGUCAGUUGAUGGUUCACUGCCUUCUCUCUCUGAAUGGUCUUCCAGCUCAUUCACGUCGGCGUCUGUCUCCAAGCAACCCAAACAGUCCUCAAGAGGACCUCCUUGUUCUCUGGAUGAUUGUGGUGGUGUUUGCUCAGCUUCACCAGCUAACGAAGAAGAAUUUUACAUCUGA